ACUGACAAGGGGGAACCACGCCGGGAAAACCCCUAUGAACUUUCGUGGCCAAUGUAGCGAUCGAACACACGACUUCCAGACAAGUGAGCCAGCGUCUUACCCACUUAGCCACCGUGGCUCCGCACAUUCAAAGAGACCAUAGCACGUUAACAUAAAGUUAAGGAAACAUAUGCAUACAGCUGUUGAAUGUCGAUAAAGUAUAGCAUACAUAAGUUAUUAUCCAAUGUGGCAGAUCAUUGUAAAACAUUUAGUUUCAAUAAGGAUAAGACUAUAUGGCCGUAUUUAAUGUUGAAACCCGUAUAUUCAAGAAAUAUCGACCAGUUCACUUAAAAUACCGCGUUGGAAACAUUUAUUUAUUUAUUUGCCAGUUAAUUCUAAAAUAUUUAGAUCCAAUAGGGAUAAGCCGUUUUGAAAUGAACUUCAUUGUUGCUAAAAUGAGCAUAGUCAAGAAAAAUCGACAGAUCGAGCAAAUAUGCAAGAAUUAUCGAUCAGUUUACCAAAAGAUCUGUACACUUUAAAUACCGAGCUAGAAAGAGUGAUCAGGAUGUAUAUAAAACUAACAUAAAUCACAGCUGUAUACCAAUAACUUCUUAUGAUUAAAAUGACUGUCAAGAAUUUUAUGGAAGUGCGAUGAUUUCCAGGAAGUUGAUGAGGUGGUUGUUCUAUCUUACCAUUGGUGUCAUGGUGUGGAUUAUUACAACCAAAACAGCAGAUUUUCGGAUUCCAAGAGACCUCCCUGAACGGAAGUCUAACGUUAUACUAUUGACGUACAUGCGAAGUGGUUCGUCAUUGGUUGGUGACAUCAUACAACAGAGCCCAGAUGUGUUUUAUGUGUUUGAACCACUGAUUAUGCUGGGCAGAUAUCAUAAAUUAAAUACAAGUGCGAUUCCUCUAAUAUUUCUCAACUCUAGUUCGAUACGGAAAAUAAAAGAUAAGAAAUCAUUUCACCAGUUGUCCGAGAAAACUAUCCAGUCUUUUCUGUCCUGUGAUUUUGAGGAAAUCGACAUCUCCACCCUCCGUACCGGUUAUUAUUCUAAAAGCCUUUCUACAAAACUUUACAAUCGAUGUUUACAGACAAACCACGGGGUAUUUGGUUUAAUUCUGUGUUUGAUCGAUCUACAGAAACGUUGUUAUGCAUCGAAAACGACGUUAGCUAAAGUCAUACGCUUACCGAUGCAGACGGUCUCGGAAAUGAUGGCGAAUAAUUCAAAUUUAAAAAUAAUUCAUUUAGUUCGUGAUCCAAGAGCGGUGUUUGUGUCUCAAGUGAAUAUGAAGAAAUACAAGUUAACCGACGUAUUUAAAUUUACUGAAACGUUCUGUGAUAGAUUGAUAGAUGACUUAUACGUCACUCUUGAUAUUGCCCGGAGAUAUCCUGGGAGAAUCCAUCUUUUAUCGUAUGAACAGUUGUGCGACAAUCCAGUGAAAAUUUCCAAAACUCUUUACAACUUUCUCGACCUCCAUUUUACAUCAAAAGUAAAACAGUAUGUGAACAAUAUCACUUCCAGCGGCAACGAAGACGGUGCAAAGUGCGCAGUGUGUACGUCACGCGCCAAUUCGUCAUUAACGUCACAAAAAUGGCGGUAUUCUAUAAGUUUCGAGGGUGCUAAGCAACUAGAGGAGAAUUGUAAAAUAGUAUUUGAUAUAUUAGGAUAUAAAAGUCUAGAAGCUAAGGGACAGCUGGUCGAUCAAAAUAUAAAAUCAUUUCAAAAUACUGAAAUAUAUGAUCUGGUCUGAUUUUCAAUUUCACAGCAAGUGACGUCAUUUGGGCAAAAUGAGCCUUGUUUCGAAUGGGUAAAUUGUUUCAAUACCGCUAAAUACCUAAUUUAUAUAUGCACGGGUGACUCUUUAAAGCUUCGCAUGUUCUUAAGGCUUUAUAAAAGCUUAAAGGAGCUAAAUCGCUAACAUUUGGGACCUAGAAAUUGACAAAAGUGGGUCGCAACGCAUAUAAUACUGUAAUAUGAAUGUAUAUAAACUGAUUUACAUUCAAUGGUUUCCGUUUUUACUCCAAUUUCAAAUCAGUUAUGUUCGGCGAAAUAAGCCAGCAGUCUCAAGCGAGUGCAAAUUUCUAGCGUCUGGUUAUUCCAGUCUACAUACGCCGUUUGAUUUGGUGAAAUGUGUCUAGCCUCGUCCCUUGAGUCUCUUGAUUCAACUGGGGCUGAAGCGCAUUAUGGUACACGAUUCGUGUACCAAUGGUAAAAUGUUUAUUUUGUCUUAAAUAUUGGAUAUCAAAAGCCCAUCUCUUUCCGGCAAGAUCACAACAUGAAUGUUGAUUUAAUUUGACAAAUAAAUCGUGUUUUCAAUGUUGAAGAUUUUGGAUGAUAUUGAGUUAGAGACUUAGCUACUUUAAACUUGUCCACUUUUCGGACCAUGAACUGGGGAGUAAGCACUUUUCGCACUGUCGUCUUUGUCAUUGGGGUGACGCAAUUCUAAAUAAAAGCCUAAUGGUAACUGCAGGGGGAGUGCACCACACAUAAUUUACACAAUACAAAUCUACGGACAAGACACAGUACGCAGAAAUCACAAAAACAAAACGAACAUAUCAAAUUAAGUGAAUGGAUCCGGGGGCUAGCCGUAAGCAUCCACUGCGCUGUACAGCCCCGGGCCUGUAGUGAUUCAGACUUCACUCAAAAUUGUAAACAAUCAGGAAUAUUACCCAGAGGAAAGCAUUUUGUAAUGCCAGCAUUAGUCAUGCUCUGCUGUAUGUUACAAGAAAGAUGAAUCUAAGCAUAUUGAAGUAAAAAUUUACCUAUUCAAGUAACCAUAUUGGUAUUGUCUAUCUAUAUUAUAGUGAGAAACAUUUUAAGUCUUCAACAGAAUUGAGGCAUAUGUUCCAUUUACCACAAAAAAAAAACAGAAGAAAAAAAGAACAAUUAAGAAAACUGAAGGAUAUUCGAAAUUAUUAAAUUUUUAUAAUCAUCUUAAUUAUUUUGUUUAUAACAAAAGUAUACGUUUGUAAAUAAAAUUAGUACCAUUCGGAAUGUUAA